CUCUCACACACUUGGCUAUAAUAAACUAGCCAGCUAGUCAGUACACUUGUGCCUCAUCACACAGACACUGACAGAUAACGUUAGACUGAAACACACACACAGCCAACAAAAAUGGACUAAUAGUUGAAUGACAAGCACUUACAGUACCAUUGGUGAGUUAAUUCAUCUGGUCACGUCUCUUAUCUCCUCGGGGGUAAAAAGUAAAUAGCAGGGCUACCCUUCGUUGGAUUUGCAAGUGCACCUGAACACGCGAGCAUUUUCAAUUUGUUGCGCAGCAUCACUGACAUAUUUCACCUCGACUGACUGAAGCACCGUAAUUGACGGAUCCACCACGGGUGGUCUUCAUCGGUUGCCUCCCAAGGCGGGGCUCGGCCUCGACUUUGGUGAGCUCGUCUGAGUCGCUGAUGAUGGCGGCGCUCCAGCUCAGGUCAGCACAUCCUGAUCAGAGGUCUGUUAUGAAUUCCCCCGAGGAGAGGCACAUUGUAGGACCCCUUGUACACAGUUCAUUUGAAAUGCAAAUCUGACUCAACUGUGUUGUCAUCAUCAACCAACAUUGUUAAUUCUCCUCCAGUGCUACCAAUAGUAUUUUUUUCCAGAAGUCACAGAAUUUUCAGAGCAGAUCAGAAUCCCACUUGUGAUUGGUAGAUUAUGUAUUUCUUCUAACGUUGCUUUAUUAAACUUGGAAUAUACUCCAUGAGUUAAUGCUCAAGAGGAGAAAAUGAAGCACCUCUUGACAUAUGCUAAGUGUAACUGCCACUAGUGGUAAUAAUCCCUGGUUUUCAGUGCUCACAACACUAAAAUCAAUCAACCCAAUCAACCACACACACUUCUAGCACAUAAAGUAAGCAUUUUGUCUUUAUGACAGACUUUUAAGUUACAGGCAAAGUUUUGUUGCUCUCGGAAGAAAAACCUUAACUCAAAUUGUCAGAUAAGUUUUUUGUUACAUUGAUUGUUAUUGGUAACUAUCCACAACUCUAGGAUCUCAAUGUUAAAAUAGGGACCUUUCUUUUCCAUUUCCUGGUUUCAGUUUUGGUGGGUUGGAUGCAAGGAGGAUGCAAGCUGGGUUGCACCUGUGCACUACUAACAAUACUUAAUUAUGUACCAACAGUGAAUUACAGGCAUAAAGUAUAUAAGGCUACAAAGCACCAAGACGUUUUUUAUUUUGCACAACCCCCCUAUCAGGGUAGAUCAGCUUUAACUGUCUAAGAAGUUGUAUUUCUGUUAAGCUUGAAAUGAAUGUACCAUUGCACUGCAAGUGUUGCAAAUAGUGCUGUUUUUUUUAAAGUCCAGUGUACAAGGGGUACACUGUGCCAAAAUGAGUCUCUCUGGGAAGAAUGAAGAGGGAAGCACUCCCUCUAGUAUCUGUGAAGAUACUGAAGAAGAAGCCACUGCUUCUGGAAUGAGUUUCUCAGGGAGUGAGGGAGCGAUGUCCCCUAAACGAAGUUUUCCUGCCAAACAGGACACUGACAGGGAACUUAAGAGGAUCAAGACAGACCGACCAGUCUCACCUGUACCUAGUGGUAUCUCCAUGAAGAGUGACCAGUCUAUGGGACAUCCUAUUUUCUUCAAGGAGGGAGAAUUAUCCACUGGGCAAAGCGGUAUCUCUGAGGAGAAUGACCAGUCAAUGGAUAACCAACCCAGAGUCCCUACUGAUGACAAAGUGUACCCAACAGAAAUCCAGGAGAAAACUAAAUCCUACUUGAAGAAUAGGACAUAUUCUUUAUUUGAGGGCAUUGAAGAUCAAGUAAAAACAACACCUCUUAACAACAUCUACACAGAGCUCUACAUCACACAAGGUGGAAGUGGAGAGGUCAAUAAUCAGAAUGAGGUGAGACAGAUUGAGACAGCAUGCAGUUGUCAAGUAGAACAAGAGACAUCAAUCCAACUCAAUGACAUCUUCAAACCCUUACCUGGACAAGACAAGCCUAUCAGAACAGUGCUGACAAAGGGAGUUGCUGGCAUUGGAAAAACAGUGUCUGUGCUGAAGUUCAUGUUGGACUGGGCUGAAGGAAAAGCAAACCAAGACAUCCAGAUCAUCUUUCCACUUCCUUUUCGGGAUCUGAACAUGAUGAGAGAUACAAAUCAAAGUCUGAUAGAACUACUUCAUCACUCCUUCAUAGAAACAAAAGAAUCAGAAUUCUCAGAAAACAAAAAUGUUGCGUUUGUUUUUGAUGGUCUGGAUGAAUGUCGCCUUCCUCUGGACUUCCAGAAUAAUAAGAUCUGCUGUGAUGUCACAGAGUCGACUUCAGUGGAUGUGCUGCUGACAAACCUCAUCAAAGGGAAUCUGCUUCCCUCUGCUCACAUUUGGAUAACCUCCCGACCUGCAGCAGCCAAUCAGAUCCCUCCUGAGUGUGUUGACCAGGUGACAGAGGUACGAGGGUUCAAUGACCCACAGAAGGAGGAGUACUUCAGGAAGAGAAUCGGUGAGGAGGACCUGGCCAGCAGAAUCAUCUCACACAUAAAGACAUCAAGGAGCCUCCACAUCAUGUGCCACAUUCCAGUCUUCUGUUGGAUUUCAGCCACUGUCCUAGAGAGACUAUUGGUUGAAGCAGAGAGUCGAGAGAUCCCCAAGAAUCUGACUCAAAUGUACGCUCAUCUCAUGAUCUUCCAGUCAAAACUGAGGAGUCAGAAGUAUCCUGUAGAGCAUGCCAACGAUUCUCACUGGGAUAAAGAGAUGAUUCUGGCACUGGGAAAGCUGGCUUUUCAACAGCUAGAAAAAGGCCAUCUGAUAUUCUAUGAGGAAGACCUGAGAGAGUGUGGCAUUGACAUCAAGGAUGCGUCUGUGUACUCUGGAGUGUGCACUCAGAUCUUCAGAGAAGAGUCUGGGCUUUACCAGAUGAAGGUGUACUGCUUUGUACAUCUGAGUAUCCAGGAGUUUCUGGCUGCACUAUAUGUGUUCCUCAUGUUCACUAACAACAACGUCAAUCUGAUGGCUAAAGAGAAAUCCCUCCGGAACAAAAACAGUCUAUAUGAAGAUGCAGUGGACAAGGCCUUGCAGUUUGAAGAUGGUCAUCUGGACCUUUUCCUCCGCUUCCUUCUAGGCCUUUCACUGCAGUCCAAUCAGCAUCUCCUUCAAGACCUACUGACACCAACAGGAAGCGGCUCACAGAGCAACAAGGAAACAGUCAAGUACAUCAAGGAGAAGAUCAGAAAGAACCUCCGUCUGGAGAGAUGCAUCAAUCUGUUCCACUGUCUUAAUGAACUGAAUGACCAUUCUCUAGUGGAGGAGAUCCAAAGCUACCUAAGAUCAGGAAGUCUCUCAAAAUCUAAACUCUCAUCUGGACAGUGGUCAGCUCUGGUCUUCAUGUUGCUGACCUCAGAGAAGCUGGAUGUGUUUGACCUGAAGAAAUACAUCAGAUCAGAUGCCGCUCUUCUCAAACUUCUCCCAGUUGUCAGAUCCUCUAGAACAGCCUUUCUGAACAAAUGUAAACUCACCAAGAAAAGCUGUGAGGCACUGGCUUCUGUUCUCAAAUCAAACUCAUGCUGUCUGAGACUGCUGGACAUGAGUGGCAAUAAACUCCAGGAUUCAGGAGUGAAGCUGCUCUCUGCUGGACUGGAGGAUCCACACUGUAAACUGGAGACAUUGAAGUUGAAUGAUUGCAACCUAACUGAGAAAUCCUGUGAGGUGCUGGCUUCAACUCUCUGCUCAAACACCUCAAGUUUGAGAGAGCUUGACCUGGGAGGAAAUGAACUCCAGGAUUCAGGAGUGAGAUUCAUCUGUGCUGGACUUGAGAAUCCACAAUGUAAAUUGGAGACACUGAGGCUGGCAGGCUGCAGCAUCACAGAGGAAGGCUGUACUUAUCUUGCUUCAGCUCUGAGGUCAAACCCCUCCCACCUGAAGGAGCUGGACCUGAGUGGAAAUACUCCAGGAGACUCUGGAGUAAAGCUGCUCUCUUCUGUACGAGAGGAUGCCCUCUAUAAACUGGAGACACUGAGUUGAGUUUUAUGAACACAGUAAUAUAGUGAACAAUUAGCCAUUGUAGACAUCCAGACACCCGGAUCAUAUUCAUUUGUGCAAACUGUAGCGAAACAUUUUGCAACACAUGCUAGUUUCUUAUUGGACAAGUUCAGGUAGUCCCCUGCCCUUUUUGUUCAGUGUCCUUCUCUUUGAUGUCUAGUGAAUACUACCCCUAUAUGUCUAUGCUGCUGUAUGUGGACUUCUUUAUUUCCCAGGUUAAAUGAUUGAAAGCUCCCUGAGAGUCAGUGAAGGAAUGGCCUCAGCUCCCAAGUCCUUGGUUGUGGGAGUGUGCUGCAGUUAAAUGCAUCUGGGACAGUUACUAAAUUAAUUUCAAACUGCAUGAAUAUAAAUAUUCAAUGCUUUGAAAUCAACAAUGAUAGCUCCUUGAAUCAGAGAACCCUGGCGAAGUGGUGCCAGGAAACUAACCUCAACAAACACAUCACCGGGGGCAUACUGCCUGUCCUCCAGGACAUCUACAGCACCCGGUGUCACAGGAAGGCCAAGAAGAUCAUCAAGGACCUCAGCCACCCGAGCCACGACCUGUUCACCUCGCUACCAUGUAGAAGGUGGAGACAGUACAGGUGCAUCAAAGCCGGGACAGAGAGCCAGGACAGAGAGACUGAAAUACAGCUUUUAUCUCCAGGCCAUCAGACUGUUAAAUAGGGGGGAGGGGUGGGUGGUUGGAUAAAUGGGAUGAGAGGUUGAGGCCCACUUUUUAGUUUUCUUGUUUGAAUCCUGUACCAAUAUUUUUGAUAAUUGUUACUGUAACACCCCCCCCCAACAAAGAAAAUGCGAAAAGAAACUGCAUUUGGUCAUUCAGUUUGAUUACUUUUACUUCACCUCAUUACACUGCAGUACAUGGACUGACUAUUACUCCCGGCUGGAAUGAUGACUUGUCAGUCUGUCAGUAAGGUGGCGUUAUAGGAAAUGUAAAUAUAGUUUGAUGUUGGUUGAUGUGUGCUGUUUCUGUUGCGUGUCAGUGGACUGUGUGUUCUGUUAGCUCAGUAAAAAGCCAUUUUAUAAUGACA